UUUGAAGUGCAGGAUCGAUGGGACACGUUACUUGAUACUGUCGUUAUCAUCUCUUGUCCGAUAUGCUCAUUCUUCAAGUUGGCAACUUUAUUUUCCUGGAGCAAUGCAUUUGUUGUGAACAUCAAGUAGAGUGGACAUUUAUGAAGCUUGAAUAAGCUUUUGGGAUUUCGAAGGAACUGUGGAAAGGUAAAACAGAUGGAAUAGACAGAUUAAAGAUUGACUUUUUUUUUGGUGCCCUGAAGAAAGAAUCUGUCGAAAUGGCUUUAUAAAUACGCCUACCCACUUGCAAUCCGCCCCGUAGGUGUUCUUCAGUGGUUUCCAGCAGACGGAGCCAUGGCCACCCCGAAAUUUUACAGAUUCCAGCUAACAGAAGGGAUGGAGCUUCAGAUCACUGUCUCUGGCUCUUCAAAUGGCCUUGCAAGAGCUGAUUUCCGUCUCAAGAAUUGUAACCGGACAUGGAUUCUUCACUGGGGUUGCAUAUACCAAGGGAACAACAGCUGGUUUGUCCCGUCUGAACAUUCCUCGAGGCAAGGGGCAUUGCAGUCACCAUUUGUAAAGAGUGGAGAUUCUUAUGUACUGAUCCUAGAGCUCCGGGAUCCACGAGUACGUGCCAUCGAAUUUGUUUUGAAGGAUGGUAGUCAUAACAGAUGGUUGAAGCUUCACGACGGGAAUUUCCGUAUCGAUAUUCCUCAGAUUGAUCUGCAAAGUUCUCGUCAUCUAAUACCGAAGAAUUUGAUAGAUCACAGAGCUUAUCAGAUAUGGGAACGGAAGGGCAGACCCCGAAACUCUCCACAUGAACAGCAGCAAGACUAUGAAGCUGCAGUAAGAGAGCUUCAGGAAGAGCUGGCGAAAGGAAUGUCUUUAGACGAGCUUCAAAAUAAAGAUACAAUUAAAGAUCGAAGACCGAUGAGCAACGAACGGAAUCAAACUGGAUACUUGCCUCCAUCAUCAUACCGGCGGAAGCAUGAUGUUCAGAAAUGGUUGCAGAAAUAUGCAGAGCCACUCAACAAAUCUGGAAGUGUGUCAAUCUCGUCACUCGUAGAUCUAGUAAAAAGAAGUGCAGAAAAUAUAGUUUCACAGCAAAGUUUUCAUGUCAGAAAUCAUGAAAUAGUGGUUUUCCAGAGAAAUAUUAGAGGUGAUUGUCGCUUGUUGAUCGCCACAAACAUGAGAGGCUCAACCUUUCUUCAUUGGGGCGUUGCAAAGUCUUCAUUGAGAGAGUGGUUGAUUCCUCCUCCUGAUGUGGUGCCCGAGAAAUCGAAAAUGGUCCAUGGAGCAUGUCAGACUCAUUUUACGGAUAUCUCGAGUCGUGAAGGUUCUUAUCAAUUCGUGGAUAUAAACUUUAAACGAGGAGGUUUCGCUGGCAUCCAAUUUGUGAUAUGGUCAAGUGGUUCUUGGAUUAAUAACAAUGGAUCCAACUUCUCUGUAAACAUGAAAUCAUCAGAUUCUGGUGGGAAUAUAAACGCGGAUGGAAAACAUAUUCUCAAAUGGUUGCUCAAUGAAAUUGCUCAGCGGGAAAAAGAGGCCGAGAGAUCGUUGAUGCACCGGUUCAACAUCGCAACUGAGUUUACUGAGCGUUGUAAAGAUGAAGGAGUAUGGGGACUUAUCAGUAUUAUGGUCUGGAUGAGAUAUAUGGCCACUAGACAUCUCAUAUGGAACAAGAAUUAUAAUGUGAAACCUCGCGAAAUCAGUGAAGCUUUAGAAAGAUUCACCAAUUUGCUGGAGAGAAUAUAUUUGAUGCAACCGAAUAAGAGAGAAAUCACGAGACUAAUAAUGGCACUCGUGGGGCGUGGAGGUCAAGGUGAUGUUGGUCAGAGAAUCCGUGAUGAAAUCCUCGAUAUUCAGAGAAAUAAUGACUGCAAGACCGGUAUGAUGGAGGAGUGGCACCAAAAGCUGCACAAUAAUAGCAGUGCCGAUGAUGUGAUAAUUUGCGAGGCACUCUUAAACUAUGUGAGGUCCGACUUUAGGAUUGAUGCUUACUGGCAAACACUAAAGGCUAACGGUCUCACGAAAGAAAAGCUCUCAAGUUAUGACCGUCCUAUAUUAUCAGAACCUCGUUUUAGGAGCGAUGCUAAAGAAGGCCUUAUCCGUGAUCUUACGAUGUAUUUGAAGACAUUAAAGGCAGUUCAUUCGGGUGCAGACCUCGAAUCUGCUGUCGAAACUUUUCUUUCUCCUUCUAAGGGUCACAAUGCUUUGACUAUCAAUGGGCUAUCACCAAAAUUGCAGGAUUCUCUAAGUUUGGUCAAGAGGCAUAUCCGUGACGAGAACUUUGAUCCCUUAUUGGAGAAACUACUCGAAGCUCGUAUUGAGCUACACCCUGCACUACGGGCACCUCGCACAAGAGCAAAAGAUUUGAUCUUUCUUGACAUAGCGUUGGAAUCAACAGUGAGAACAACUAUAGAGAAAAGACUCAGAUCUCUAAAUUUCAGUAAUCCUCCGGAAAUUAUGUUUUUCAUCUCUUUGGUGCUCGAAAACUUGUGCUUAUCUACAUUUAACAAUGAAGAGAUCAUCUACUGCACAAAGGACUGGCACCGAGUCAGCGAAACUUACCGAUCUAAUGAUGUUCAGUGGGCAUUACAAACGAAAGCAGUUCUUGACCGUUUACAACUAAUACUUGCGGAUAAUUGUCAGAAUUAUUACAGAACAAUACAGCCUACUGCAGAAUAUCUUGGUCACUCAUUGUGUAUUGAUAAACAUGCGAUCAAUGUUUUCACUGAAGAGGUCAUAAGGGCAGGACCAGGAGCUGCUCUGUCGACACUUAUUAAUAGAUUCGAUCCUGUUCUUAGAAAAAUCGCAAACUUAGGCUGUUGGCAAAUAAUCAGCUCAGCAGAUGCAUCAGGUUUUGUGGUUUGUGUCAAUGAGCUUAUUACAGUUCAGAACAAAAUCUACUCGAAACCGACUGUUAUAGUAGCAAACAAAGUGUCCGGAGAAGAGGAGAUUCCCGACGGAGUUGUCGCUGUACUGACUCCGAGUAUGCCUGAUGUGCUCUCUCAUGUCUCCAUUAGAGCAAGAAACAGCAAGAUAUGCUUUGCUACUUGCUUCGAUCAGCAUGUUUUCUGGAAGCUCAAGUCGAAGGAAGGAAGAGCAAUAUCGAUUCAUACCAAAUCCACAGAUUUAGUUAUCAGUGACGGGAUCAGCUCCGAUGAUUUCGUACGUAUCAUUCAUAUUACUUCAGGCCCAGAGGAAUAUAAGGGGAAAAGUUUUUGCGGAAAGUAUGUGAUAUCACUCGAGGAGUUUACUAGUGAAAGGGUCGGUUCGAAAUCUUGCAAUAUCAAAUUUCUAAGAGGAAAGGUCCCCUCGUGGAUCAAGAUUCCAAUGUCGAUUGCUGUUCCAUUUGGGUCAUUCGAGAGUGUUCUGUCAGACAAUGCCAAUAAGGAUGUAGCGAAUAAGAUUCAGACACUAAAAAAUGCUAUCAAUGGAGGAGACCUGACAAAACUCAAAGCGAUUCAAGAAGCUAUUCUACAGAUGACCGCCCCAAUGGCUCUGAUGAAUGAGCUCAAGAACAGAAUAAGAAGUGAAAGAAUGCCAUGGUUUGGAGAUGAAGCGAGCUGGAAUCGUUCAUGGCUGGCGAUUAAGAAGGUUUGGGCUUCGAAAUGGAACGAGAGAGCUUACCUCAGUUGCAAGAAAACUAAGCUUAACCACGAUGCCGUCUCCAUGGCUGUUCUGAUUCAAGAAGCCAUUUGUGGCGAUUAUGCUUUCGUCAUUCACACGAACAAUCCCAUCUCCGGAGACUCCUCGGAGAUAUACACAGAGAUUGUCAAGGGUUUGGGGGAGACCUUAGUCGGAGCGUAUCCCGGGCGAGCAAUGAGCUUCAUCACCAAGAAAACGAAUCUGAGAUCUCCAGCCGUCAUCACAUACCCGAGUAAGCGGAUAGGAUUGUAUUCUAAACCAUCAAUUAUAUUCAGAUCGGAUUCGAACAGCGAAGAUCUCGAAGGCUAUGCAGGCGCUGGACUUUACGACAGUGUUCUGAUGGAUGAAGCCAAUGAAGUUGUGCUUGAUUACUCAAAGGAGAGGCUUGUAACAGACAAGGCUUUUCAAGUGUCUUUGUUCUCAAGAAUUGCAGAGACAGGGGAUGUCAUAGAGAGACUCUAUGGUUGUCCUCAGGACAUUGAAGGAGUUGUCAAAGAUGGCACUGUUCAUGUUGUUCAAGCCAGGCCCCAAGUCUAAGUGUUUCAUCGUUCAACGAAAGAUCAUUUCUCGCUUUGGAUUUUUUUUUUUACUUUUAUUAGAAUAAAGUACGAGGUUUGUUUAGCUGUUGUACAAACAGUUUUCCAAUAAGAUGAUUGUAUUUCACACAA